CUAAGUGUUUAACUUAGGGUGUUUAACACCCUUUAUGCAAUGGUGAAGUCCAAGUCAUGUGUCCAAAGCUUCAGCAGAUUUCAGUCCAAUCGCAGGGUGAUUAGCAAGGCUUUUCAGUCUAUCCUUAGCAUCCCAUGUAUCUGAUUAGCAGGUAGGCCCGCUUCCUCAGGGAGGACUUUUCAUUGGUUUCUCUUUUCUUUCCUUGCAAUAGCCAUGGUGCUUCUCUGGGAGUUUACAUCUCACAUUCUAUAGUUUUGGAAGUUGUUUUAAUUGCCUGGACUAUAACUGUGGAUCAUUGAGCGGAGGUUAUGCAGAUGUGCGGUGCAACACCUCAACCUAGGCAGCUGCAGAAAAACAUGGCAACCUUUCAGGACUGUUUGCCGAAGCUGACCUGGCCCCUUCUUCUGCUCACCUGAGCUCAUCCUCCAUUCUGAGCACAAACCCAAUCAUCAACGUCACCACAGUCCAAAAUGUCUUCCCACAGACGCCACUUUCACUGUUUUGACGCUGUAGGAGGCGAAGGCACCCACAGGUCUUCUAUUCCUUUUAAGCGCCACAGCACCCGCUUACCCAGAAUCCCCCAGCAUGGCAUGGUGGCCCAUCAUGAACCCACAGCCGAAUGCUAUGUUUGCUCAGAGUGUAGACACGCCCAUGCCUUGGAAGCAGUAGAGACUCAGUUGUCACCUUUCUAUCACACUCACCCGUCAUGUCACCACCACCAUCCACACCACUAUGUUCUCAGUGGGCCGAGCAGGCCUGAAGAAACACCUCUGGGCCACGAACGUCAUCAUCACCGAUACAGUAAGAAGCUGGUGUUGGUGAAGAACAGCGACCCCUCAUUCAGAAAGACCAUCAUCUUGCACCGCAGGGGUCUACGCAGUUUGGGGCUUUUCUUAGAGGAGGUUUCCGAGCUCAUGCAGUACCACAUCAGGAAGCUGUACACUGUGGGCGGGCACAAGAUCGACAGCGUUCAGAGUCUUCUGCAGUGCCCCGGCGUUCUUGUCUGUGUCGGCCGGGAGCCUUCUCACCCAUCGAUUGUGGAGAACUUUCGGAAAACAUCCGACGAUAAACUUCCAAAGCUGAGUGUGAGGUCACGCUCCGGUGGCUGCACUGACGGACAUGAGAGACUCCCUUCAAAGAAAAGUGUCAUCCAUCCAAACCUGGAAUCUGGAAACAAAGUUAUCAGGCAGUCAGUGUCAUCUGACAAGUCAGGCCCAGAUGGAACUGAUUCACCAGACAAUGUCAACUCUUGCCCACCCACUGGUGAUGGGGUGAGGGAAGAUGAUAUAGAGAAAUGUGUUCGUGUUAAUAAAGAUGGCAGUUUAUCAAUGGAGAUGAAAGUGCGCUUUAGACUGCAAAAUGAUGAAACAGUGCACUGGUCCACGGAAGUAAGAAAGACCACAGGCAGGACCUGUGACUACCACCAAGGAAACAAUAACCCACACUUUCCGAGCUAUCUUGAAUCUGAAAACAUCUCUGCUGUUCAGCCAGAUGACCAUUUCAUGAGUCAGCACUAUCAGAGACAUCAAGAAGAACCUCAUUGUCCUCACUGCUGCAGUCACUGCCAGGAUUAUGAAAUCUGGAAAAAUGUACCAGGAACACAUGGGGCGAGUCGCCGCAUUCAAACAUCUAGCUCAAGUGCAUCUUCACAUACAGUGGUCUCUAGAAAGACAGUAGUAUCUAGAUCAAGCGAAGAGCUUACUGAACAAGUGGUGGAGACAGAGACUUGUGUGAAGCAGACUAUUGAGGCAGCUGAAACUGUAGAGUAUUGCACCAUCGGGAGUGAGGCUUGCUCACCAAAGUGCAACGUGCAAUCUUCCACUUUGUAUAACUGUCUAAAUGAGAAAUCAGAACAAACAAGAUCCAUUACUAGGCAAAAUCAACCCCAGAGUCCUCAAGAUACAACAUCCAAUGCUUCAGGACAAUCUAGCAAGUCAAAAAAAUCUAAAUCCUCACACGCUUGUCAUUGUGGAGUAUCUGAAGAAAAUACAAAAGGACAAAUCUACACCCGAGCUGAAGAGGAAGGCAAAAUACAAAGAGAUUGUUCAAGUGCCAUGUCUUUAAAAUCUAAUGUCUCUUGCAGAUCAACUGUGUCUGGCAAAAUAAAGAACCCAGAGACAAAGGAUGAAGAGGAGAACAGGUCUAAAAGUGCCAUGUCAGUUCAUUCAAAUGCCUCGACAAAAUCCAAAUCGGAUGUUUUGGAUGUUGCAGUUGGAGGAUCUCAAGCAUGUGAUGACAAUGGAACACACAAAAGACCACUGAGCAGCAUGUCUGUUAAAUCCUCCAAAUCUGAAAAAUCUGUGAAGUCUGAGCAUCAACAACAUAAAUCAGAGGAAGAUGUUGAAGAAGAAAAACCAAUAAGUCCCAUCUCAGCAAAGUCAGAGAUGUCUAUUAAAUCCAGAGGAUCGAGGGCAUCUUCUUUUCCAGGUGAAAAAGAAACAAAGGAGGAAACUCAGCCGAGGACACCUAGUGUCACAUCAGCUGCUUCAGAUUCUUCUGUAGAGUCACCUGAGGCAUCUGCAGAAAAAAGCAUUCAAAAGCCAGCUGAGAAUGAAACUGAACUGAGAACACAAAGCACCAUGUCUGGGAAUUCAAACACUUCAGCAAAAUCUACAGAGUCAAGCGCAUCUGAAGAUCCACAUACAGGAAGUGCAGAGGAAAGAUCUGAAAGAACAGUAAGUGUAAUGUCAGCUAGGUCUGUCAAGUCAAAUGAAUCUGCAACAUCUAGAAAGUUAAACGUUGAGACAGAAGAGACAAGGGAGGCAACUGAUGCCAUGUCAGCUAACUCUAAUUCAUCAGCAAGAUCUAAAGGAUCCAAGAGGCCCGAUCCUCCUGAUGCAACUGAAUGUGUUGGUUCAUCAGAUGACAUAAAUACUGAAGAGCAAAGCGGAGAGAGACCACAAAGCAUACUGUCAGUCAAAUCAGCAAAGUCUGUAAAGUCCAGUGUUUCUGCAAAAUCCAGCAGAUCCAAACACGGAGAACAGGGAGAGAAGAGGGGACCAAGUUCUUUGUCAGUAAAAUCAGUUCAGUCCAAUGUGUCAGGAAAAUCAAAAGGGUCAAACACUUCAGCCAAAUCUAAUAUGUCCGUGCCCACCGAUAUUGAAGCUGAAGAGCAGGCUGCAGUUAAUGAUGAAUAUGAAGAAAGACCUCAAAGCAAUACAUCAACCACAUCUGCUAAAUCUUUAAAAUCAAAUGCUUCUGCAGUUACUCCUGAAAGCUGUGGUGAUGCUUCUGAAGAAACUAAUAUUGAAGGUGAGACUGAAGGAGAAUCAGUGAGCUCAUUGUCAAUUACAUCAGAUAUUUCUGCAACAUCGUUUAAAUCAAAAGACGAAGGCACUGAGAUGCUUCAAGAAGUAAAUGAUGAAGAGGAAACUGAACAAAGACCACCAAGCUGCUUAUCAGCUAAAUCACUUCAGUCACAUGUUUCUGAAAUAUCUGCAGAGCGAGUACCAAGUGCUUUGUCAGCUAAAUCAGCAAAGUCACGUGCUUCUAACACAUCUAAUAAACCAAAACCCUGUGAAGUUUGUGCUUGCCAAGCCAAUGAAAGAUAUGGCGAAGAGGAAACUCAGGAAAGAGCACAGAGUGAAGUAUCAAACAGAUCUGGAAAGUCAACUAAUUCUGCAAAAUCUCCCAAGUCAAAAGAUCACGAAGAGGAAAAUAUAUCUCUUCAUAUGGAAAAUGAAGAGAGAGCUCCAAGCAAUCUGUCAGUCAGAUCAGGAAAAUCAAGAAAGUCAAAUGCUUCUGCAACAUCUAAAAGAUCAAAGGUUUCUGAAAUUUGCUUGGAAGACUUUGCUGACCAUCCCGAGGAAAGAAUCGUUGAAGGUGAGAGUGAAGUGAGAGCAGUGAGUGCUAUGUCUUCCAAGUCAGCUAAGUCAGAUAUUUCUGCCAGAUCAAACAGAACAAAUCAUUCUGUUAAUGCUCCAGGUAGCGAAAACUCAGAGAACUCUAAUGAAGAAAAUGACAAAGAGCAAACAGACCAAAGAGCACAAAGUAGCCUAUCAGCCAAAUCAGGUCAGUCACAUAUUUCCGACAGAUCUAAAAGGUCUGCAGAUAGAUCACCCAGUGCUUUGUCAUCUAAAUCAGCAAAGUCACAUACUUCAAACAAAUCUGUGAAAUCAAAUAUUUCUGAAGUUCUGUGUAGUGAUACUGAUAAAAUAGAUGGUGAAGAUCAAACUCAAGAGAGACCACAGAGUACAAUUUCAUCCAGAACUGAAAAAUCAACAGUUUCUGCAAAAUCUAGUAGAUCAACGAUAUUGGAAGAUAAUAUAGUUAGGGAACACACAGAGAGAGCUCCAAGCAAUCUGUCGGUCAGAUCAGAAAGAUCAGCAAAGUCGAAUGUUUCUUCAGCAUCAAAGAGAUCAAAUGUUUCUGUAGCUGUCUUAGAAGACAAUGUUGACCCUUCUGACGAAAGAAUUAUUGAAGGGGAGAGUGAAGAUGGCACAAUGAGAUCAGCAUCUGCGCAGUCAGAUAUUUCUGCCAGAUCAAAUAGGUCAAACCAGUCUGCUGAUGCAUCAACUAAAGAAAAGUCAGAGAGUGCUGAUGAAGAAAAUAACAAAGAGCAAACGGAACAAAGAGCACAAAGCAGCUUAUCAGCCAAAUCAGUUAAGUCACAUGUUUCUGAUAGAUCUAAAAAGUCUGCAGAUAGAUCACCCAGUGCUUUAUCAGCUAAAUCAGCAAGGUCACAUACUUCAAACAAAUCUGUGAAAUCAAAUAUUUCUGAAGUUCUGUGUAGUGGUACUGAUGAAAUAAAUGGCAAAGAUCAAACUCAAGAGAGAUCACAGAGCGCAAUUUCAUCCAGAACUGAAAAAUCAACAGUUUCUGGAAAAUCUAGUAGAUCAACAAGAAUGGAAGAAAAUAAAGUUGAUCAUGAGGAACCCACAGAGAGAGCUCCAAGCAAUCUGUCAGUUAGAUCAGGAAAAUCAGCAAAGUCAAAUGUCUCUGCAACAUCUGGAACAUCAGAUAUAUCUGAAGCUCUUUUAGGAGACUGCAUUGACAAUACAGAGGAUGUUAAGGGUGAAACUGAAGAGAGGGCAAUGAGCUCAUUGUCUGUCCAGUCAAAUAUUUCUGCAAGAUCAAAUAAGUCAAAACGAUCUGUUAAUGCUCCAAUUAAAGAGGACAGAAAGAUCUAUGAUGAAAGGGAAGAAAGAGCACAAAGCAGCUUAUCAGUCAAGUCAGUUAAGUCACAUGUUUCUGAGAGAUCUAAAAAUUCUGCAGAGAGAUCACCCAGUGUUUUGUCAGUUAAAUCCACUCAAUCGCAUGCUUCUGUAAUAUCGGUCAAAUCAAAUGCUUCUGAAGAUCAGUCUGGCACAGUUGCGCAUACUGCUGAUGUAGGAGACCCUAAAGAUGAAACUGAGGAAAGAGCACCGAGUGCAGUGUCAACCAAAACUGAAAAGUCAGCUAUUUCUGAAAAAUCCUCAGUGUCAAAAGUAUUUCAUUGUCCAGCUGAAAACGAUAUCUGUGAUCUGGAGGACCAUGAAGAUCGGUCUCCAAGCAAUAUGUCUGCCAGCUCAGCAAAAUCAGCAAAGUCAAAGACUUCAGAAGUUUCAAAAAAAUCUAAAUCUUCUGCCAUUCAAUGUGAUCGCAUUGCAGAAAAGGAAAAUAAAGAGGAGCACACUGAAAGCAGAUCAGUGAGUUCAAUGUCACUCCAUUCGGCUGAUUCAAAUUUUUCUGAAAUAUCAGGUAUAUCAAAAUGUUCAGCAGAGCCUCCAGCUGAAGAGAGAGUCGCCACACCUAAAUCCCAUGUAUCUACUAUAUCUCUAAAAUCUAAAGCUUCAAAAGUUGCUUCACAGCAUAAAUUACCAGCGCAAGGAAAUGAUGAGGAUGAACCUCAAAACAGAGCAGAAAGUGCAAUGUCAGCAAAAUCCUCUAUUUCUGCCAAAUCCAAUAAGUCAAAAUUAUUGGCCGCCCCAGUAGAAGAAAUAUCUCAUGAUUCUGAUCAUACUGAAAGACCUGUAAGCAGUAAAUCACAGAGAUCAGCAAAAUCCACCAAGUCAAAUGUUUCUGUGAAAUCUAAGAAAUCAAAAGCUACUACUAUCCCUUCUGAACACAGCACUGAGAUUGCUGAUGCAGAGUCUGAGGGAAGAGCGAGCUCAUUGUCAACACAUACGAUACGGUCAAAUAUUUCUUCAAAAUCCAAAAAGUCAAAAUGUUCUCAUGUACCAAAUUGUGAGACCUCCAAUGAAGAUAAUGACAAAUCACAAACUGAAGAAAGAUCUCCAAGUGUAAUGUCAGUCAAAUCAAAUAUUUCCCAUGUUACAGAAAGAUCCAAUGCCUCUGAUAUUACUGAAGACGUUGAUGAAGUCACUGAUGUGUCUGCUGAAGAGCAUGUGGCAGAAGAUGUAGUGAGAGCAGUUAGUGCCAUUUCAGCUGGAUCUGCAAAGUCGCAUGCCUCAACACGAUCUACGAAAUCAAAAGGCACAUUUCCAGGUGAAGGAAGUGCUGACGAAGAAAGCGCAACGACAACAACAAGUUGUACAUCAGCUAACAAAGAAAAUGUAGAGCGAGCACAAAGUUCUAUGUCAGCAAAGUCAAGUGGUUCAAGGAGAUCUGCAAAAGGAUCUCGAGCUUUUGCUGGAAAUUCUGCUGAGGAACAUGCUGAAGAAGAAACUGAGGAGAGGUCACCAAGCAGCGUGUCGGCCAAAUUAAACAAUUCAAAUGUUUCUGUGUCAUCAAGGAGCUCGACAACUUGUGAAAUAUCUUCAGAAUACAACAAUGCCAAUGAUUUGGAGACUGUACAGAGAUCUCUAAGCUCCUUGUCAGCAAAAUCAGCCCGAUCCACCAAAUCACUGCAAUCCAACAUUUCUUCAAAAACUGCUAAGUCAAAACCCUCUGUAGGCAAAGAAAAUCAUGAAGCCAAUGUGGAGAAAGAAACAACUGGUCCCUCCAUUAUAUCUACUGAAAAUUGUUUAAAUGACACUGAUGAAAAUACAGCAGAAGACUCAGAGAACAGAGCAAUGACCUCAAUGUCUACCGAGUCAAAUGCAACAUCAGUAUCUGCAAAAACAAGAACUUCUCAAAAAUCAGGGAAAUCAAAAGUGCUGGAGCAGGUAGCUGAUAAGGCAGAUCCAGCACAGAGGAGUCCAAGUGUUUUAUCAGUGAAGUCAAACACCUCAGGAAGAACAAAAAAAUCAAAUAUAUCUGGAACAACCACCACUGAAACGGUUGGACAUGAAGAAGAAGCUGAUGACAGUGCCAUGUCAACCAAAUCAGUUAGUUCAUCAAAGUCAAAUAAAUUACAAGGUCCAGAAAUCACCACUACAAACAGUUCUGGCCAUCCUAAGGAAGAGAAUACUGAAGAGAUAUCUGAGAAAGCACAGAGUGCUGUGUCAGCAAAAUCAAAAAGGUCAGUAAAAUCAACAAAAUCUGACAUUUUAAGCAAAUCAGAUGUACCCAUCGUGACCGUUGGGGAAAAUGAAACCAGAGCACCUACAGCCAUGUCAACGAAGUCCAAGGCUUCAUCAUCUUCAAAAAAGUCCAAAACAUCUGAGAUCAGUGGAAAGAAAAGUGCCACAACUACAGAUGUCUCUUCUGAGCGGACCAGUGUUUCUCCACUAAAUUUAGAAGUAAUGAAGCCAAAGGAAAAGAGCCGAUCUACUGCCAAAUCAAACUCUGGAAGACAUUCAGCAAUGUCAGAAACAAGUCAGAGAGCAAAGCAGCAGAAAGAAAAUGAACAUGUCAUAUCUCACACAGAGUCAAAUGAAAGUAACUUGUCACAAACUCUGUCUAGUUCAGAUAUCAUCAAAGAGAUGUGUGAGUCUCCAGCACACAGUCAAUCAAAACGUAAUGUUCCUCACAGGAUAAAUGGUGACCUGGAUACUAAGGAAAGUGGUGGAAGUGUCACUGACAAGAAAACUGACAGAAGCAGCAAAUAUCUGCAUAAGAGCACCGAAGUUGAUGAUUUUGACCUGGUCCCAUCCAGCCUACCCAACGCAUCCCCUACUGAGGUUGUAAACGAAUGGCUGAAAUCACUGCCAGCAGAGGGUGAAUUAGAGGACGUAGAGGAAUUUAAUGAAAACUGCGAUGGACCAAAAACUGUCCCCACAACAGAAGAAAUUAACACAGCGGAUACUGUUAACAAUCCAACUGAGAAUUCAAAAGGCCCAGUAGAAGGGGAGGCAAAGAAAUGUCUUCCUAAUAAUGACUGCGAAACAAGCAAAGAAACACCAAAGGAAGAUAACACCUCUACUGAUGCAGACAAUGCCUCAACAGUAUUUAACUCUUCCAUACAAGUGAUGAAAGUCCUUUUAAAUCCGAAGCUAGACAGAUGCAACAGUUUACCAGAAAUUUCUCCAGCUUAUGGACGUAAACUGAGCUCCUCAGCUAGAGGUUUUUUGGAUUGCCUUGUGAAGCUGCAGCUAAUAGACCAUGAUCCAAAAAAUGCCAAUGAAAAAAAUGAAAGGUAUCAAGAACUCAUGGGUAUUCUUCAGUCCCUUUGGCUUUGUGAUCCUCCUGAAAAUGAACAUGCAUUACGGAAAGAUGAUCACCAUUUUGCAGAUGAUGAUUUCAAUCAUACGUCAUCGUCUGGCGUGGAUGUCAACAGUGGCUCCACAGGCUCAGGGAACAGCAGUGAUGGUGUAAAGAGUGGCAAUGACGUGAAUGGUGAUGUUUCUAAGCCUCACGCCACUGUGGAUAUGUUUAAGAAGGUACAACAAGUGUGUGAAGUUGAAACAGAUGCAGAUGUUCAGAGCACAUCAGUAAGAAAGGCAGAAGGAAUGUGUGAAGAUGAGCAAAAGGAAGAUUAUCCAGCAAGCAGUGAUAGUCCAAGAGAACAAUCCGAAACACCACAUUCCUCAAACGAGAGUGCAAGAAAUUUCAGCGAGGGCCAAAAACUUCCCGAAGCUGAAACCGAUUCUUCAGAGAACAGCAACUCUGAGAGCCUUAUCCUCAUAGAAAGAGAAGAGCUAGCUAAAAUGAUUUCACAAGAUGAUCCUGCUUGGGUCUUAACAUUAUUAAAUAAAAUUGAAAAACAGUUCAUGACUCAUUAUAUCAAAGCGAUGAAUGAGUUCAAAGCUCGAUGGAACCUGGGAGAUAGUGAGCAGCUUGACAGUACGAUUAAUGAACUUAGAGCUGAGGUUCACAAAAGAAUCCAAGCAAGUAUUGACAGAGAACUGUGGAAGAUUCAAGGCCAAAAAGGCCAACCGAGACCUCCAAGAGAGACAAAAUCCCGUGUUUCAACGACACAAGCAGAAGAGAGAAGACGGAAACUGAAGGUCAACCUCAAACCAUCGACUGAUUCACAUGCAGAAAAAAGUGACGAUUCAGCAACAGGAACGUCUUAUAGUGACCAGCGCAGUGAAAACGGCGAUGAAUGCUGUCAAUGCGAAUCGUGCAUUAAGAAAAAAAUGACGUGUAGGACACCUCUUCAGGGAGAUUCGAUGACACCUGUACCUGCUGCCACGGUAAUCAAGUGUGCAUCUCACCCUGGAAAUAUUCAUGAAACUCAAGCGGCAGAAACCCUUGUGGAAAAAGUUAUUGUUAAAGCUUUAAGGGAAGUGCGAGAAGUACAUCCAGGCCCUGAAGAUAUCUCUGAAUUUGCAGCAGAUGAAAAGGAAGCAGAUGAUAUGAGUCAAGAUGCAGUUUGUGAUGAGGUUUCUGAAAAGAAUGACGCAAAAGAACAUGUUGCCAAAGAAAUGCCUGAAAAAACUGUUGCUGAAGAAAAUAAGGAGGAGAAUGAUGCCAAUGACAUAGGUGAUGAACUGCGAAAACAAAAAGAUGAUAAAACAAGCGAAGAUAAGACUCAGAAAGAAAUGUCAGUGGAAGAGUCGUUUUUGGCAUCAACAGCUAAACAGGAAUAUGACAAAGGAGGAGCAAAGAAUAAAUGUUUGAUAGCAAAGAACAUAAUACUGCCAUCAAUGCAGCUGAUCAUGCAGAAGAUGAGGACUAAUGAAAAGGAUGCCACAGCUGAUGAAUUGUUACAUGAACCAAAAGAAUCAGGAAAAAUUGUGCAAAUUGUAUCCACAAAUGGAGAAGAAUUUGCUGAAGCUAUCAGGUCAAAUGAUGAACUCCCAAAACAAGAAGAUGCUGUAUAUUAUAAUAAGAGUGCUCUAAUAAAACAUAUUGUGGUUACGAGUGAAGAUGACCCCAAGGAAGACACAGUAGAGACUUCAACAGAAGAGACUACUCUGACAUCUGAUGCUAAACAUGAACCUGAGGAAGAAGCAGCAAAAAAGGAAUGGUUAACCGUAAAGAAUACAUUGCUGCCAUCAAUGCAGAUGAUCAUGCAAAUGAGAAUUCGGAAAGACCAGCUGAUGAAAGCAGAUGGAAGUGAUGCAACAGCUGAUGAACCGCUAAAUGGACCAACAGAAGAAGAUGAAAGUGAAGACACUGAAGCCUCAAGUGAAGAUAAGUCUAAGGAAGAUGUUGCUGAAGGUACCAUGGUUCAAGGUGAAGACACACACAUUGCAGGAACAACAGCUGAACAAAAUCCGAUGCCAGAAGAAAGUAAAUCAGGGAGGUUUAAGGUAAAGAAGAGAGUGCAUAUGAUGCAGGAGGAAGCAGUGAAUGAAGACUUAGCUAUAGUUGAUGAAUUUUUAAAAGAAGAAGAAGAAGCAUGGUGUAAAGGUAAACUUACUGCAGAAAAUGAGACUGCCAGUUUGAGUGAAGAUGAGUCAGAUGAGGAGUCUGCUGAAGAUACUACUACUGAAGAUGAAAAUACAGCAGUAGAAGCCACCACAGAAGGAAAAGAUGAAGUCUGGGAAGAAAAAAUGCUCCCUGAAGAAGAGAAAAUGUCUACCGUUAGUGAAGAUGAGUCUGCAGAUGAAAGCACUGACACAGCUACAGGUGACGAAUCUACAGAAGAACCACGUGACCCGGCAACAACUGAGGAUGAGACAGCUGCAGAAAAAGAGACUGGUCUCGCAGGAAAAGCAGAAUCAAAGCAUGAAAAUGCUGAAGAUGAGAUUGAAAACAAAGAUACUGCUAUGGUAUCCUCAACUGAUCAUGAAUCAGAGAGUGAGGAAGCUGUGGAAUCACUGAAGGUUGAUGAUGGAGAAGAGACUGAUGCUACCAGCGAAGAUGACUCUGACGAAGAUUUAAAUGCCACCACAAAUGAAGAAGAAGAGGAAAAUGAUGUCACAAGUAACGAUCUGUCAAAUGAACCAUCUGAAAUAGCAACAACUGAAGAUGAGUUUCUUGUAGAAAGAGAGACAGCCGCUACAAGUGAGCAUGAACUUACGGAAGGCACUUACGAAGCAUCCACAGCGGAAGAUGAAAAUGUAGCUGUCGAGAGCAGCAUGGUGGCCACAAGUGAGCGUGAAUCUGAGGAAGACGAGGUUGUGGAAAAAGGAACAGUCACUGAUGAAGAGAAGAUCCCUGCUAUCAGUGCAGAGGAGUCUGAGGGUGAAAACAAUCACACGAACAAAUUGUCAGAAGAACCAGAUCGAGCAGCAUCAGCUGAAGACAAGACAGCUGUAAGUGAAGAGAUUUCUUCAGCAGGAAAAGGUGACUCAAAGGAUGAAACUGUAGUGGAAGAAACUGACAAUGAGGAAGCUGUUAAAGCAGAAGAUGCUGACAAUAGAGAAGAGAUUGGUGCUGUCACUGAAAAUGAUUCAGGAGAGGACCUAGAUGCCACCACAAAUGAAGAUGAGACAACAGAGGAGGAUGACACCACAGAACCAGCUGAAGAAACAACCGAAGAUGAGCGGGUGAUCGAAACAGAGAUUGCUGUUUCAACCGAGAAUGAACCUAACAGAGGCGCUGCUGCUGAAGAAAACGUGGAAGGAACCACAAGUGACAAUGAAGCUGAAGAUUAUGGUGCAGCAGAAGAGGCUGCAACAACUGAACAUGACUCAGACACAGCAGUGGCGGUGGACACCGCCAGCGCAAGUGAAUCUGAGUCAGAAGAUGAGGUUUCUGAAGCAAAAGAGAGUGCUGUCACAAGUGAAGAUGAGCUGAAGAAAGCUGCUGUUGAGGUCGCUCAGGAAGAGGCAGCAGAAGAUGUGACAGAUGCCGAGCACGAAUUUAACAAAGACACCAGUUCAGAUGAGUCGGACGUGAAGGGAAUGAAUGAAAAACUAAGUGAGGGUGAGAUUGCUGAGCAAAAGGAAAUUGCUGCCACAAGCGAAAAUGAAAUGGCAGAGGAAGCAGAUGAAACCAGUGAUGAGUCAGACAAGACAGAGUCGUCUGAAAAAAUCGGAGAAAGCAGUGCUAAUGAAGAAUGUAAAGAAGAAGAAAAUAAUGAAGAUAACAGUAAGAAGCUAGUAGAAGGUGAAACAACUGGAGAUGAAUCGGAAGAACCUGGAAAGGAAGAGGUGGAAUCUGGUGAAAAUGAAUUGACUUGUGAAGAUUGCACAGAGGCUUUAACAACAGAGGGCGAGACUGAAAAGCAUGAAACCACAGAGGAAGACUCAGGACAGCCUGAAGCAGGAGAAAAUGAGACUGAUGAAAGUGACAGCAGGGAAGAAUCUGGAGCAGAAGGUACAUCUGCAGGAGAGGAGGCUGAAGAAACUCAAACGGGAAAGGUGGAAUCUACAGACGAUACAGAAGAUGAAUCCGAGCAAGAUGAAGGACAGAAUGCUGUCAGUGAAUCAGAGGAUAAUUCCAACAAACCAGAGAGUGGAUGCCCAGAAAGUGAUGUCACUUGUCAAGAAGAUACUAAUGAUGUAGUGGAGCUUAAACCAGAAGAGGAUGAGGAGAUGGAGGAAAAAUCAGAAACCAAAGAAGAAAUCAGAGAAAACAACCCAGAGGAUGAUGUUACACAAUGUGAAUGUAUUAACAUCCCAGAUGGAAGUCAUGAUAAUAAUGAAGAGGAUUCCAAUGCUUCUGAAAAGGAGGAUGAGGAAACCGAGACACCCAAUGAAGACUGGAGUGAAAAACAGGGAGAUUCAGCUGAUGGAGAAGACGAAGCAGAGGAAGACUCAGAUGAACCAGAGGAAGAAAGUGGUGACAUACAGCUUCCUUUGGUUACCAGCAAGAUAGACAAUCAAGAUGUAGCUAACAUAGUACCUAAGGAAGCGCUAAAGCCACUUGAUACUUUGAUCAAAAAGACCGCAGAAUCUGAGGACGGCACUUACGCUGACAUUGAAGAUUCAGAGCCUGAAAUAAACAGCCAAGAUGACAUUAAAAGCCUUGAGACAAAGAGUGUGAAAAAGAAGUUGUUUUGAAUUGACCGUGACUCUGCCAAAGCUGAAGGUGACUGAUAGAGAGUGAGACAUGGGAGAAAAAAACGAGGGGUAUUCUUAAUAUUUUAGGUUAGGUCUCCUAAAUGAAAAAAAGCAAAAGGAUUGAUGUAGAUUAUCCUAAAUCUUAAGUAGCACUAUUAGGCUCUACUUAACAAGUACUAAACAUGACAAGCACACAAGAUGAGAUACUACAGCAAAUUCUAGUAUCUGCAGAACACAAACUGCUCAUGCAACAAUAUGAAAAACUUGAAUGUAUAUAAUGCAUAUCUAAACUAAAUCAUAGAGUAUUUUAUUACAUAUCACCUGCAAUUCUGAGCCUUAGACAGAACACGGCACUGUUUAUGAGCUAUGCUUUCCAAAACUUGGCAGUAUGGUCCUGUUCCUGUGAACAACUUACAAAUGUCACAUAUGCACACACAUACUGCAAUUUUUGUCAGAAUUGCUGCAGUUCUUUUACAUGUUUUGCUGCUUAACAUUUUCUGCAGGACUGUGGGUGUUUUGAAUGUAUCCUAUUUAACCAAAUAGGUUUUGAUUCUACUAUAAGCAUGCAAAAAAAAAAAUGUAAUUUUCCAUAACCCCAAAACUGUUUGGGUGCUGUGUAUAAAAAGUUCUUUAAAAAUCAAUUGAGAUCUUUAUUUAUUUAUCAGAUUUUUGAAAUAUAUAAUUCUCAGGUUCAAUAUAUUUUGUCUUUGAACCUUUUAUAAUCAAUUAUAUAUGGAUUCUGGCUUCUACCUGUCUUAUACAGCACCCACACUCUUUUGGAAAGAAAGCUUGUAAAAUAAGUUUUCUCAGCAACCUGGAAAAAACGAAUUAUAUCUAUUUAUGUGUUUGGUGUACUGCUGUGUUUGUAAUAUACUCUUGUACUCUAGUGUUGCAUAUACAAAGCAAAACUUGAAGAUGAUCGCCAUCAGUGUAAGCAGAUGGUAAUGAAAGCCAGAGCUGGGUUUUAUGUAUCACAACAUCCUGCCCUUAUGUAUUUUAGAUGAUUCAGCUGUAAUUACAUGAAGAAUCUAUGUGAUUUUCUGUGGUACAGGGAAUUACCUUUGCUCAGUGUACUGCACAUAUUGAUAUUAAACAUACUUGAAAGUAAUUUUAUUGUUCUUUUAUAAGCUGAGAUUUCACACAACAAACUAAGGCUUCCAAAUAAAAUGUUUAACUUAAAAAAAAAUCUCCACUACAUAAUAAGCACACUACCUAUAAUAGAUCGCAACUACUUUCAGUUACUCCCUUACCACAAGGGGUCACCACAGUAUGUGGGGCUGCAUGUUUAAUUUGUUUUAUGGUGGAUGUCGCU